GGAAACUAAGGAUUAGAGGUGUGAAAAGGUUUCUAUGAAACCGUGUGCUCUUUGAAAAAUGUCGCGCUUCAAAAGGUGGCAAUCUUUGGUGUUGGACUUAAACUCCCUCAGAUAGCAGUUGUCGAUAACGAUGCUGUUAUUAGCAGAAGCUGGGCGCACUUUGAACAAAGAUUUGACGAGCCUCUUUCGGCACAACCUGCAAACUCCACACGUUCUCGACCGGCUGGUUCACGAGCUUCACAGUGACAAAGAGCUAUGCAGUUACUUGUUUUUAAAUCAUCCUGGCUCAGAGGACAUGCUGUGGGGGCUUAUGAACCUCUUGAUGGAAGAUUCACGAACUGCUGGUAAUGCAUCAUAUGUGAUUGGAACACUGGCUGAGACAGACCUAGGUAAAAGACGAAUUGUUCAGAUAUGCACAGACAAAGGUGACCAGGCCAAGAAAAUUUUGCCGGCACUCACAAACAUGCUGGACAUGGCUGAUACAGAAACUGUCAUGAAUGCUGCAGGAACUAUGGGAACAUUGGCAGAAGAUGGGGAAUGCCGUAUGUGGAUGCUACGCGAGGACUGCUUGGAUGAAGCUAUCAUCAAACUAACAAACCUUCUAUCUUCCAAAGACAUGUGUACAGCUAGUAAUGCUGCCCUGGUCUUAGCCAGGCUGACAAUUGCAGAAGAAGGCUGUGCCAGGAUUUUGAACCAUCGUAGUUCAAGUCAUACGUUAGUACAGUUGUGUAGAGCAUUGGGAUCUGAUGAGACAGGUAGAGGGAUGAAUGCAGCAUUUGCUAUUGGGAGACUGUGUGACUUUGAAGCUGGAUGCAAAAGAAUGUUAUCUUUGAAAACAUCCAACCUAAUGGUAAUAAAAGUAGCUAUCAACUCUCUCAUUGACAUGCUGCACUCUGCUGAUUCUGGAUGUUGCAAGAAUGCUUGCUUUGCAUUAAGCUGCAUAGCAUCCUUAGCUCAAGGACAUCAGCGCCUGCUGAAUCAUGAGAAGAUUAAUAGCAUUGUUGACAUUCUUUGCUCUCUCCUGGCUGCAAGUGAUGAAGAAAGCAUCUGGUUUGCAUCAAUGAUGUUGCAUACCUUUGCCAGUCAAAAAAGUGGCUGUUUGUAUCUCAGGACUCAGCCCAAUGUGAGGGAAUCCUUAGAGGCUCUCUUAGAGAGGCCAAGUCUGAAAGAGGAUACUAAGGAGGAAGUGGAAGCAACUCUGGCCAUUUUAGAAAAACUUCCCCGACCUAAACCACCGAACAUUAAAGUGGAGAGUGCCUACAGUAUUAUUGUGAGCUGGGAUCCUAUUCAUCCAAAAAGUGGUCUUGAUGUCACAUACCUUCUUUUCCAAGAUGAGAAAUUGGUUUACUCUGGUCCAAGAACAAGUUACAUAGCCAAUGACCUAACACCAAACACAAAGUACAGCUUCUAUUUACAAGCCUCAACAGAAGGGGAUGACAGUCCUCUAAGCAAGAAUGUGUCUGUUGUUACUCCUGAAUCAGUUCCAAGUGCACCUCAGUCUCUCCAAGUGUUAAACAAAUCUACAUCACAGAUAAAAAUAAUGUGGGAACCACCAGAAACUUCCAAUGGGGUACUUAAGGGAUAUCAAAUUGUUGUGAGAGGUAAGACAUCCAGUCUUGAAGUCCAUGAGAAUUACUUCAUUUUAUCCAGUUUGCCUCCUGACACUGAAUUUACAUUCCAGGUGUUUGCUCUGACAAGCAAGGGACGAGGAGAAGCAGCCAUUCUAACAACAGCUACUGAUGAUCUAGCAUCACAUGCUCCACCCAAGCCAGUGGUUCAGGUGCUGGGUCGUCAUGAACUGAUGAUAUCUUGGGAGAGUCCUCCCAAACCACUUGGAAGGAUUAACAGCUAUGAAGUCAGAGUAGAUGAUGUGGCAAUUUACAAUGGAGUUGAAAAGAGCUGCACAGCCAAGUCUCUCAAACCCAAUACAGAAUACUCAAUCACAGUCAGUGCAUGGUGCAGUGAGGGUAGGUGUGAAAGUGUCCCAACCAAGAAGAGGACAGGAAGAGAAGUAUACAACCCUUUGUGUACAGCGAAGGGCUCCACAAGGCCAAGAAAUGCACGUACAUCCACAAAGACAACUGCUUCAGCUGCUGCUAAAGCUUCUACCAGUAAAACAAAAGCUAAAGCUCCUACCAGAAAGCCUUUAUAUCCAUUUGAAAAGAAAACUGUACCAGUUAAGCAAGAAAAGGUACUAAGAAGAGCAAGGACUGCCGAAGUGCUGAGAGUUCCAACAGGAGAUAGUACACUAACAGCGGACAGUAGGGAGGCAAAACUCAAGAGGAACGGGAUAUUAACUGAGAAGAAGACUCGUCCUCAUACAACCAUAGGAAGGGAAGAUGUGUUGAACAGCUCCCAGCAAUCUAUCAAGAAACCCACUGGGCGUAAAACAACCAAGUCUCAGUCGCCUAGUCUGUCGCAGUCACUCGAGUCCUUGGGGAAGGAUAGUGACGAUUCAAAGAGUACAAGCCAUUCAUUAAGUGGCUCCAGCUCAGCUUCAUCAGCCAGUUGUGAAGUGAAGGACAGGAGAGCUGUGAGUGAUGCUGCUCAAAUAGAAAUUGGAAAAAAACUGACUAAACGUAAUUCUCAGCUUGGAGGCUCGGCAUCCUCGUUAACAAAAGAAAGGGCUGGAAAAGGUCCAAUAAUGAUGAGAAGGUCAAGUCUUCCGGGGAGCGGAGGGGUAUCUGGUAAAAGAUCCUCUUCUAGAUCCACUACAGUUAAAACACCACAAAUAACAAUUGGAGAAGAUUCUCCUUCGGCUUCUAAGGACAGACAAAGUGGGUCUUCCUCUGCUCUAAGAAUCACUAAAAUCGCAGGGGAGGUUGCUUCUCUUCAGAUCUCUGAAGGAAAUGACGCGAAACCUCCCCGACCACAGAAGAAGACUCAGUUUGCCUCGUCGUUUAAUGAACUCAAACAGGUGCACAGAGGAACCAGGACAAACAGUUCAAGAAGCAGCUCCUCUGAAGGCAGACAUGGGGAAGCACAAUAGAUGGAUGGAGAUGGAACAAAGAAUCUUUAAACCAUAUGUUCAACCCAGGGGAGGGACAAGAGGAUAGGCACGGGUGGGUUGGGGGGGG